AUGUCUUCCGAGACUUUGCAAAUGUGUUUUUCGCCAGAAGAUGAUGUAAAGCUUGCUGAACUGGUGAGCAAACAUCCAUCUUUAUUUAAUGCAGAACAUGAACUGUACAAAGACCAAGUGGUUAGAGAAAAUGUCUGGAACCAAAUAUCAAACGAAUUAAAAAAAAAUGUAAACGAAUGCAAAAAGCGUUGGAAGAAUAUAAAGGAUACCUACAAUCGAAAAAAAAGAAAUAUGAAGAUGGGAACAGGAUCAUCAGCUAAAAACAAACCAUCAAAAUGGCCUUUAUCGGAUGUUCUCUCAUUUCUAGACGCACCAUCGUAUGAACGAGAAGGAUUGUCAAGCCUUUCAACCGUUCUGAAUGAUAGUCAACAUAGUGAAGAUGAUAUAAGUGACAGUACUUCAAUACCACAUGUAAUACAAAGGAUACAAGAAGAACAAUAUACGGAACAAGAAGAAUCAGAAGAGACUACAUUUAAACCGACAAAAAUAAAAUUACCGCCCACAAAAAGUGCAUCUAAAAAAGUUAAGCGAAAUGAUUCGUUGGUUGAGUUACUGAAUAAAAGCAAUAACGAAAGGAAAAAAAUUAUGGAACAAAUUUUUAAUACAGAUGAUGAAGAUCCGAUCGACGUUUUUUUCAAAAGUAUGGCGUUGACUGUUAAACAAUUUUCCCCAGCUUUGAAAGUAAAGGCAAAAAUUGACAUUUUACGGAUAGUUAGUGAAUUAGAGAUAGAAAAUAAUCAACUAACAAAAGAAGUAAGGAACCAAAACAGUGUAUACGUGGAUUCUUCGUAUUCUAGUCGAGCUAGUUCCCAAUCGAUCCAGUCUGGAAUUACAACAUAUAAUUAUUCUACAACAUCAAACUCAUUGGAAGCAGAAAAUAAUGGAUCGGUUGAAGAAAGUAUGACAUUCAAACACUUUUUAAAUCAGCACGAAGAACAAUCUUCAAACAUCUUCAACAAUCUUCAAACUUUAAACUACGACGAGCCAUCACAGAACAAUGAAUACAAUAUAUAA